GUUUACAGCCAGUAGCUCAUCAAAGUAUCUCUUGGUUUGACUGAAGCAGUCGAGUUAUCAUGGAAAAGUUUAUCAAUCACAGAUUUUUCCUUGUAGGGUUCACUUUUCUGACUUUUUCUUCUGGUAAUGGAUUUGAAGUGGAAAAAUCUGGACUUUUUAUGCCAAAUGUUCAUCCAAACCUGCCAGAGAUGUUAUUGUGCUCUCCCAUGAGGAUAAACUUCAACAAAGAAUACUACAUUGUGGGAUUUGAACCCAAAGCUUCCAUGGAUAAAAUCCAUCAUAUGGUGUUGUAUGGCUGUACAAAACCUGGCAGUAAUAAACCUUUGUGGAGCUGUGAUGACGAUGCCAACAGUGUUAUUAAAGAUGAUGAUCUGGACAACACCCCACCCUGUGAAUCUGGGGCACAAUUCCUGUAUGCCUGGGCCCGCAAUGCAACAACAUUGCAGCUCCCUCCUGAGGUGGGAUUCAAAGUGGGAGGCAAUUCAUCUAUUCAAUAUCUCGUUCUUCAACUUCACUACUCUAGCAACAACCAUUCAAGUGUUGAUAGCAGUGAGCACUCAGGGUUGGUUCUCCAUGUCACCCAACAACCGAUGAGGAAGCUGGCAGGUCAGUUUGCUAUGGGAGCAGGGGGGGAGGUCCAUCCCCACUCCACUGCAAGGUGGGAGUCCGCCUGUGAGAUCAAGGAGAAUAAGACGUUUCAUCCGUUUGCCUUCCGCGUCCACACACACAGACUUGGAACUGUAGUGAGAGGAUAUUUGGUGAAAACAGAUGAUAAAGGAAAACACCACUGGACAUUGAUUGGCAAGAAAGAUCCACAAAAGCCUCACAUGUUCUAUCCUGUAAACAACAAUGUUUCUGUGUCUAAUGGGGAUACUGUGGCAGCAAGAUGCUCAUACCGCAGUAACAGGAACAACAUUACGGUUGCUGGGGGAAACAAUGAUGACGAGAUGUGUCUGUUCUACAUGAUGUAUUACGUUGACGAAGGAGCUCCUCUCAAUAUGAGGUACUGCUUCACUAAGGGACCUCCUAGCUAUUACUGGGACUCGGAACUCAACAACAUUCCAGCUGAUGCAUCCACUCCAGAAUGAUUUUGUGGAAAAUACUAAGAGGGUAAUAAAUAAAAAUGUGUAUGUCUUAUU